GUGGAGGUCUGGAUCGCGAGUUCCACUCCUGUGAUCCCUCUCUACCACCGCCACCACCUCCACCACCACCACCGUUUGGAAUCUGGAAGCACUCUCUGCACAUUCGAUUGGACACUGCUGAGUCGUCCUCCGCAUCAGAGGUGCCCAUUAAUUGCCGCUCGAUGGAGGAAAUAUGGACCCGAGUACGCUUGGAUAUGCAGUUGAAACGCGAUCGUGUGAUGGUGCAAAAAUAAAUGUCCACCCAUUAAUGAGAAGGCGUGCGAGCAUUGGUGAGGCUGAGGCUGUCGCAUGCCCUAACCGGGUUGGAUGAUAUAUGAAGACAAAUUAAAUCACAUCGAAGCGAAGGAAGCAAAAAAAAAGCUGAAGUUGCUUUCGGCUGGACAUCUUCACUCGGCUCCCAAAAGAAUUCCUAUCGCCAUCUCCUUCUACUACGUUGGCACCCGCGAUCAACGUCACGUAGAGCUUGCCGACUCGUCCACACACACACCUGUAACCGAUGUAAUAAUACGAGCGCAUGCUGCUGUGCACAUCCUCCCACACACUUGGGUGGAAAGCGGAAAAUACCGAGCACAGAAGCAAAAGGGCACCCCUCUCCCCCAUCCCACACACACACACACACACACACCCAAACCUCAUCAAAAACCUGCCGACCAAUCCCAUUCAGUUCUGGCCGCAAUGUGAACCCGGGCGGAUUUUUGAUGCUCGGUUUUAGUACGCACGGGCAUACAAACACACCCGUGCUGUCUACACGGUGGCACGGAAUGUACGAAAAUAAUACCUCCGUGAUUCACCGUGUGUGUUGUGUGCUCCCCCACGAUCUUGGUGUGCGUGUGUGCAAAGGCGGUUGCGGUGAAACGCUGAGGCAAAAAUUGCGUAGCACAGAUUCUAUAAAUAAUCCUUCCCUAUCGGGCGAGCGCGUCGCACACACCGUUGCACAGUGGUUUGAAGCCGGUCGAAAAAAUGGAGGUCGUCCGGCACACACCGAAAGAGCAAGAAGAAGAAGAAGCAGCAGAGGUGCUCGAUCCUCGGUACGGUGAGGAAAGUAGAAGAAAGUAACCGCCAGCUUCGCACUCACACGCGUACGCAUCGACGCAGCAAACGAUAGAAAUAGGCAGUGACGGGGAAAGGCCUCCCAAACUGACACCAUGGGAGGGCUUGGGCAGCGACGUGGCAGCUCUUAUCAGCGCGGCAGAGACCCACCCAGCACUCUCACACACACACACACACACACACACACGCAAAAAAAAUCUGACCUACGUCGGUAACGACCCCAGCCGUCCGUACCAGAUUGGCGCUUUGCGAUGACACAGUUUGUCCGCAACCUAAAUUAUCAAUUUUAUUUUUUUUACUUCUACGACUCCCAUUCACCCCUCCCAUGGCGAAGGGAGAGAGAGUGCUAUCCAAAAAUGGAAAGCGGAAAAAUAACCGUUUGUUACGAGGGGUUGAAAAUUGUCCUGAAAACAUGACAAAUUUAAGUGAAAUAUUGAAAUGCCCCAGCUCCGUCGCUGUGUUACGCUUAGUUACGGCUGUUACGUGUAAUGGCAAUGCGUUUGUUACGGGUUUAAGCUUGAUGCAUGAUGAAGAUGAGUAAAGCAAAAAGACUACAAGCCAUUUAUGGAGGAAUGGUACUUUAAAUAAACCAAUUAGACGCGGGGGCUUAGGCACGUCAUUGGCGAUGGCGCCAGACAAACCGAAAGUACAUGUCCAAAUAUCAUCCAUCUUGGUUGGAGCUAGGUUUUCAUGCAUUCUAAUGGUGUAAUUGCUUUAGUACCUUGGUGUCCCUUCCAAAAACUCCUCAUCUAACCUGUUUAGUGAGUCCACAUUGUCGCAUUAAAUACAUUUUGGAUUCUAACAUAAUGCUGAGGAAACAUUUCGCUCAAAACCAAUCACUUACUCGUCAGCUUUAAGCUGUAUGCAAGCCAAAAACAACUUCAACCUCCAACGGAAGCAAGGUUAAAGGCCCAAUUUAUGCAACAGCAUAAGAAGCAUUUCCGCCACUGCAAUUUCAUUACCAAACCAAGCACAGCAAUCGAUGGUGCAUGUUGCAUGUACGCCGCUAGAUCGAUGCCAGAAUGCAGAAUGCAGCUGCGAGGAAGCGCCACAAUCGACGGCCUAACAUACACCGACCGACGGCAAUGCACCACGGCUGGGAAUAUAUGCCUCUGUCUAUCAAGUGUCCCUGUUUUUGAACGAGGAUGGGGGAGAUAUAUAUUAUUGCUCUUUCCAGUAUGCCGCCGCUUUCACCCCUCCACAACAACAGAGCCCGCAUGGCAACGGUGGUGCGGUCGGUGUCCAUUGGUAACCUGUUUAUCGAGCCAAAUCGGUAUCGGCGCAUCGUUUCGGGCUCGACAGCGCUCGAGGCUCUCCAGCACCAGGGACUCGGCACAGUGCGCCACGGACGGAGCAGUGACCAGCGGUUCCAGAAUGAUAAAGGAGCUGUACCAGCAGACGGAACCGAAGUCACACCGGCCGAGCUACGCCAACAAGGCGGUCCUGCUGAGCAGUGCCAAGUGGGAGCAGAUGUGGAAGAAGGUGGUCAGCCCGGCGGAGAAGGAAACGGAGGUGCUGUGCCAGCAGGAGCGCGAGUUCCGCGAGUACCUCAAGAACGGGUCAAAGAAGAUGACCAGCACGUGGGAGAACACGGUGCAGAACAUACGGGACAAGAAGGAGGCGGAGCGGUUGCGCCGCGACAAGGCCAAGGUGGAGGAAGACCAACGUCACUACCGUGAGCUGAAGGCGGCGGACGAGAUCAAGCGCCGGGAGCUGAUACAAAAGGCGGAGGAUCUGAUCCAGAAGGACAAGGUGGGCCCGCGGGUGCUGGAGAGUGCGGCCAAGUUCUGCGAGGUGCUGAAGGGCCGGGAGAUGCAGCGCCAGUUCCGGCUGGAGCAGGAGCAGCUCCAGCAGAUGCGCAAGCAGUCGGUCGACACGCAAACCCUGUCGCAGGCGAACCACUGGCUGAAGUCGCACGGCGACCGGCUGCUCGAGGAUCGGCAGCGCUUCGACAACUACAAGCGCGAGCUGAAGGAAACGAUGAUCCGCAACCAGCAGCUGCAGCGCCAGCGCAAGCAGGAGCUGAUCGCGGAGGAGCAGCAAAGCCUGGAGGUGAUCGAGGGCGAGAUGCGCCGGCAGCAGGAGCAGGACCGGGCGGCCCUGGAGGCGAGCAAGGAGAUGCGGCGCAAGAACGCGCUGGAAGCGAUCCGGAUGGCGGAGGACAGACGCACCCGGUUGCGCCGCGAGUCGGAGAUCGAGGACGCGCUGCUGCAGAUCUACUGCGAGGGGCAGCAGAACAUUGCCAGCUUCAAGCAGGCGAUACACGUGAACAAGCACCGAUUUCGGGACAACUCGCACCAGCUGGUGGACGCGAUCGAGCGGCAGCGGGCGGCCCUCGCGCAAGAGGAGCGCAACCAGGCGCGGGCGGCCGAGGAGAAGGACCGCCUCGCGUCGAUCAAGGAGCGGGAGCAGACGGAGCAGCAGCGCCAGCUGCGGGCGGCCCGCAUGCAGGCCCACCUGGACGAGAUCGAGUGGCAGCGGCAGCGGGAGGCGGAGGAGGCGGUGCUGACGCGCCGCGAGUACGAGGAGCGGCUGCGCAACAUCGACGUCACGUUCGGGUUCGACCGGCACAAGGUGGCGGACAAGACGGUGAAGACGUACGCCCAGCGCAAGCUGCUGCUCGGCCAGAUGGUGGAGAAGGAGGUGCGCGAGCGGCGCGAGGCGGACACGGCGGCCGAGCUGCGGUACGCGAAGGAGCACGCGGACAAGGAGAACCGCCACUUCCUGCAGUACGCGCAGGAUCUGAUCAGCGACGCGAAGGUGAAGGGCCGGCCGAUCCUCCCGCUGCUCAAGACGGUGCAGAGCUACAAGCGCGAGCACUAUCACGACUUCAAGGAGGCGGACGUGCUGCCCCAGCACCUGCUGUCCCGCGUGCCCAUCCACAACAAGCUGAUGGAGCAGGGGCUGCUGGACGCGAUGCCGGCCCGGCAGAAGGCGCUCGUGCUGCCGAAGCGCAAUGCGCCGAAGGCGCUGGAAGCGCUCGUGAAGGACGAACCGAGGGAGGCGAGUGACAAGGGUGGUGGCAGUACGCCGUCGGGCGACGACCCGAAAGCCGUUGUCUGAACGUACAUUCCAUUGCUUGUGUAAUUUUGUAAUUUUGUACUGCUCGCAAUAAAGCUGCGCACCGCAACGAAAAGCGUGAAAGUGAUGCACCAUUUUAAAAUGGCCGUUUGCUUUUCAAUUUCAAACUGA